AUGGCCGACGGACCUUCCAAGGACGAGCUCGUCGAGAUCUUCAAGUCGCUCAAGGCGACACAAAAGGGUAACAAGGUAUGCUUUGACUGCGGUGCCAAAAACCCGACAUGGGCUUCAGCCACCUAUGCCAUCUACAUUUGCCUCGAUUGCUCGUCCGUACACCGCAACAUGGGCGUGCACAUCACUUUCGUCCGAUCCACAAACCUUGAUUCGUGGCACUGGUCCCAACUUCGACUCAUGAAGGUCGGAGGCAAUGCUGCCGCCGCCGAGUUCUUCAACAAGAAGGGUGGCGCACACCUGCUCGCCCCUUCCACCGAGGGUAAAGUCAAGUACACUUCUUCUGUCGCUCUGGCCUACAAGGAUGAAUUGCAAAAGAGAGCGCUUCAGGAUGCCGCCGGACAGAGCCUCAACAGCCCCGUCUAUUUUCCCGGUCUGGCUGUCGCUGCGACUGAGACGGCGUCGCCAGCAGCUAGCGCAAAGGCAGGUGGUGGUGGAGACAUGGACGACUUUUUCGACGAGUGGGACAAGCCCGCAUCCGCUGCCAAGCCAGCACCAGCACCAGCAGCCAAAACAGCACCAGCACCCAGACCAGCUCCCGCGUCAGCCGCAGCGCCCAAAACGGUCACUUCCGCUUCGUUGCGUGCAAGCAGCUCGGCCGCUCGCAAGACGCUAGGUGCCGUCAGCCGCACAUCCUCCGCCAGCUCUACACCGGGCACCACCACUCCCACCGGAACAGGCCCCACCGCCAGCGCACCCGCCGCCACUGCACGCCCCGCUCGAGCAGGAAAGCUCGGUCUUGGUGUCAAAAAAGCCAGCGCACCCAUCGACUUUGCAGCAGCCGAGAGAAAGGCCAAGGAGGAGGAAGCGGUACGUGCUGCCGAGGCUAAAGCAACAGAAGACGCCGAAGCAAAGGCCCGAGAAGCGCAGAAGGCCAACGAGCAGCAAGCGGAAGCGGAACGCAUUGCGCGCGAUGCUGUCAAGGCAGCGAUGGGCAAGACGGCUGCCCCCGCCUCGCCUGCAUCCAAGAGCGGUGCCGCAGCUGGUACCCGAGGCGCGGCUGCUGCGACUCCGGACGCAUUUGCCGACGCCAAGGCCAACGGCGACAUGGACCGGCUCGGCAUGGGCUUCGGCCGUCUGGGAAUGAAGGCCAACGCGCACCAGGCCAAGCUGGCCGCCGAACGCGCCGCGGCCGCAGCCAACAACUCUGCCGCCACGGACUCGGAUGCCGGUGAGAACGAACCGAGCUACGCACGCAACAAGUUUUCCGGGCAGAAGAGCAUCUCGUCGGACCAGUACUUCCAGCGCGGCACGUACGACCCGCAAGCCACCUCCGAAGCGCAGCAGCGUCUGCAGACGUUCCAGGGCCAGACGUCCAUCUCGUCCAACCAGUACUUUGGGCGUGAGGAGGACGAAGAGGGCGAGCAGGCACAGAUGCAGGGCGGUGGAGACUUUAGUGACAUCGAAGCCACAGCAAAGGAGUACUACCAGCGCUUCAUGGCGAAUCCGGACGUGCAGAGCAGCAUCGACAGCUUCCGUUCCGGUGCGUUGAAGCUGUCGCAGUACCUCGAGGAUAUCAGCCGCAACGGUGCCUGA